GAAGAUGGCAAACGAGCACGCGACAAAAGACAUUAUUGUCUCUACUGUGGCCAGUCAGACUUAAAGAUGGCGAGACAUUUGCAGAGAAAUCAUAUGGAGAUCCAGGAUGUAGCAUAUGCCUUUAGCUUUCCUUCAGGAUCAAAAGACAGAAAAGUUCUUUUGGAACAACUGCGAAAUAAAGGAGAUUUCAAGCACAAUACCAAAGUCCUGGAAAAGGCAGAGGACAAAUAGUGACAUGGAGGCAGCCCUCUGAUGAAGUUUCUGUUAAGGAUUAUUUGCCUUGCCAAUAUUGCUAUGGAAUGUUUGCUAAAAAGGUUUUGAGAAAACAUCAUUGCACAUGCAGAAGUAAAACAUCAUGUGUAACAGAAGACAAAAAGACAAGAAAAAGAGUACAAAGUCUUGCUGCACGCGUGCUUCCAAUAGCAUCUAACGCCAGUGGACGUCAGGAUGUCAUUACCAAAAAUGUGAUGGCUCUGUGGAACCAUCUCAGGAUGGUGGAAGAUAAAGCAAAGGGGGAACUGACACAACAGAUUUUAACAGCAUACAGGGAGUUAAACGAGACAGUUCUGGUGCAGGUCAUUGUCUUUAACAAGCGGCAUGAAAGGCAAGCAUCACGCUUGACUCUUGAGACGUAUGAGAAAGCAAGCACAAAUCAUGUAAAUGAGGACAUUUAUGAAACCCUGUCACCAUUAGAGAGAGAGCUGAGCAAGCUACUAACCCGCAUAGAGGUCUGGAGAAAAAGAGGUGGGAAGGUAGCUGUUUUCUUGACUGAGAGAAUGAAGGAAUCAAUCAAUUUGUUGAUUGAAAGGAGAGAGGAAGCUGGAAUACCUGCUGAAAAUCCUUAUCUCUUUGCAAGACCUGGUGCGAUGACAAAGUUACGGGGAUGUGAUUGUCUGCGGAAAUAUGCAGAGGAAAGCAAAGCAGAAAACCCUGAACUCCUGAGAUCAACCAAAUUAAGAAAACAGGUUGCCACAUGCUGCCAACUCCUGGAUCUCAGCGAACAAGAGCUGGAACAAGUUACAAGGUUCAUGGGACAUGACAUCAGAGUUCACCUUGACUUUUACCGACAGACUUACAAAACCUUUCAAAUUGCCAAGAUAAGUAAACUUCUGUUUGCAAUGGAGCGAGGCCUCAACCUCAACACAAUUGAUCUUUCUGUCUGUGCUGAAAGUCACACGUGGACUUCUGUGACUGUCCCACAGAGGGAAAGGAAACGCGGCAGAGAGGUUGUUGAAGAUGGAGGUUCUGACCUCUUCUCCCCGAAAAACAGAUAUGACCAGGGCAGUGAGGAUGGGGACUCAGAUAUGGAGGAUCAGAGCGCAGGACCAAGCCUGGCCAAAAGGCUUCCACAGAAGAAAAGAGGCAAAAAGAAGGCAAGCGGUGAAAGACAGAGAGGCCAUGGAGUGAAGCAGAGAGGACUGCUGUCAGCAAACAGUUGGGAAAGUUUAUGGCAUUACGGCGGGUUCCAGGUAAAGAGAACUGCAUCAAAUGCAUAACACAAGAGAAACACUUGGAUCAAAGAUCCUGGAAGGAUGUUAAAAACUUUUCAUAUAACAAAAUUGUGACUCUUAAUCGAAGAUCGCUGUCACGGAAACUUCAGUUCUGAAGACGUCAUUUUGCAUUAUAAUUCAAUGUUCUAUUUUUAAUGUCUGGUUGAGCCAGUUGUUGGCAUGUUUGAACGUUGUUAGUUUUCUAAUGCUGUUUGGUUGUGGAAUGUAACUAAGCACAUAUGCUCUAGUACUGUACUUGCUGAUAUAGUUUAAAUUCAAGGUACUUUUCAAGGUAUUUUAUGCAAAUUUAUACUUCGACACCAUAGACAAAUCUAGUGAAGUAAAAAGUACAAUAUUUGCCUGACAGCUUUAGCUACUGUGCAGAUUACAAUUUGUUAUGUGUUGAUUUUGAAUGAAUUUUUCUGAUAAACUGGAGGAUAAAGCGUUUUUCUGAGCAGCAGUAGUAGUAGCAGCAGCAGCAGUAACUAACAAUUACCAUAACCAUUUUUCUUCAGAAUGAGUACUUUUACCUUUGAUACAUUACGUACAUUUUGCUUAUAAUAUUUACAUUUACUUAACGUUUUGAAUGAAAUGUGAUAUUAGUACUUUUUCUUAAGUUUUAAGGAUCUGAAUACUUCUUCCACCAUUGUUGGUUUGUGCAGAUCGUGAGUUGUGUCUCAGUUAACAAAUCAAAAUAAAUCUAGUUGUGUACACUGGAGAUGGCAUUCAUUGCAGCUUUAUUGGAAGUUGUAUGAUACUGAUGUUUAUUGCUAAAGUUUGGUUCACUUUGGUAAAGCAGUAAUUGUGUUUUAAAAGUACUGUAUCUGUAUUUUUGUACAGCAGUCUAAUCAAUGGUCACAACAUUAAUUUUAGAACACUUCAAGAAUGAUUUAUUAAAUUAUUUGUCUGUACUAAAACAUAAAAUUGUAGGAAAGAAUAACUACAAGCUAAAGACAGAAGGUAGUUAAACUAGUCUAUUCUGAAACGAACCCAA